UGUGCUCCUCUGGUUGCAACUCAGAUUAAAUCAUCUUGCUUGUAUUCAUCCGACUCAGUUCUCAUGCUUCAUCUCACUCACAAAAGUUCCCAUAACAAUUUGGUGUCAGAAGUGGGAUCGUCUGAGAGUCCGUUGGGAUCAAAAGGACGUCGGCAGUGCACACCUGGAAUCCAGGAGAUCUUCCUCUACCUCCAACCAAGUAUUCAGAGAGAGGGGACAGGCGAUCCAAUUGAUUGACUGACUGGCUCCACGACGAUCCAAGAUAAAGCUAACGUCCGAUUGAGACGCUCUCUGAUAUAAAGAAACAGGUGAUCGCAGCCCUCCCUGUUCCAGCCAGUGGUCCCCUGCACCAGCUCGAACCAGGUGACUUCGUGGUCAUAAAAGACAUCAGGAGGAAGUCGUGGAGGAACAGGAGGUGGCAAGGUCCGUUCCAGAUCCUGCUGACAACCCACACUGCUGUGAAGGUCGCUGAGCGGGCUACCUGGAUCCACGCCAGCCACUGCAGAAAGGUUCCAGCACCCUCUGCUGGUUCUCCUGAAAAACUACAAACUCCGGAGGCUGCUAAGUAAGACUUUGCGUUCACAACAGGCACACAGGCGACCAAGGGCCCGAAGAAAGAAGACAACAAGUGGCGUGCAGACGUAGUUUCUGUGUCACCUUCGUGGGCGCAAGAAGACCUACACCACACCACACCCUACACCUGUUACACCAUUUCACUGUCUUUAUUUUUCACACAGGGACUCUCCCCAUGCAAGUCUGUAUAUUUUUAUGUGCGGUUUUUAUCUAGUUUCUGUAAUUGCUAUCUUUGUUACGUUGUUGUUCGCACUACUCCCUUACCCCCUUGAUACAUAGGCCAUGGACCGUAACAGACCCUGGCAUCCGUUCAGACACCCAGGCCUGUGUGGUAUACGGGGCACUAUGUGUUGUUUCCUGUUUUUAACCUUGAUCAUUGUCCUCCCGAUUCUGUUUUUUCUGGGACCACAGCUCAUUCCCCACUCACUUGACGCUAACACGAGUAAUACCAACCAGCUGGUUCACCAUCUUAAACGCACUCUUCUGACAAAUGACAGUCUCCAUGACCAUGCGCAGAAUGUUUGGUACCAAACCAUGUUUCUCUUUGCUAGACAACAGACCACUUCCCCUUGUUAUGUUUGUUCCUUGAUACCUCGCACUGCCACUGGUUCAGUCCCUGUUGUUCCUAGACCCCUCAAUGCGACUGAGACUCUUUCUGUGUUGGUAGCCAUGACAACAACUGCCGUCGACGCUGUUGACAAUUCGUGGAUAACAGUUAACAUGACCAGGCGACUGGAAAUGAUUAAUGAAACCUUAGUAGACUAUACAGGUUUGAAGUGGCGUUUUAAUCUUUCUUCUUUAACACCUGAUAGUAGACAAACACGCCUCUCUGCACCAAUUUUUCAUACACAAUUGGCGCCCUGGAAACCAAAGGUCUGUUUCCGACGAAAUUGCAUUUCCCCUUUGAAUGGAUGUGCGCCUAAUGUUCCAGUUGGAUCUUCCGCCCAUUGUGAACAAAUUGUCAAUGCUGGCUGUGGGGUUCGUUCUUGCGGUGACCCAUGUCCCAACACUGACAGCGUCCCAUUCGUUGGUAGAGCUAAUCUUACUGGGAUCCCUACCAAAACCAAUUCCUCAGUUACCAAUCCUUAUGUUAGACUUCCCAAUCCAACAACUUGGUGCCAGUACUCUGAAAUCGCAUGUGUGGGUUUGUGGAAAGUAUGUUUAUCUUUUCCUCCCUCCACGUUGGUGUGGUCUCUGCUAUCUAGCUAAAUUGAUUCCUAAUUACAGACUGACCAAUAACCUCACUUAAUUCAGCUCACAAUAUACGCACUACCAUGCUAGACAUUUGGCUAAACAUGAUUUACGUGUCUCUGCUGGCAGUAAGUUCCUGGCCGCAAUCUUGCCUCAAUGGGGUACGGUGCAUUUAAGUCACCAUAUUGAUACACUUGCCGUAGAUCUAGAGAAUUUGACUACAUUGACCACUCAAGGUUUUGAGGCCCUGUCCCCGGAAAUCCAAGCUCUCCGUGAUGUGGCCUUGCAGAAUAGAAUGGCCCUAGAUCUUUUGUUAGCCUCUCAGGGUGGAGUGUGUCAUAUUAUUGGUUCAGAAUGUUGCACGUAUAUUCCCGACAAUACGGACAAUGUGACAGACACGAUCGUACACCUUAAUGACCUCCUUCGCACACAGCUCAGCCGUGACAGCCCUUCCCCCUCUUCUGGUUGGGACUGGUGGUCUUGGGGAUGGAAGGCGUGGUUGAUGAAGCUGGGGCUGUUCUGUGUUUCUCUGCUCUUUUUACUGUGCUGUUUGUCCAGCUGUAUUAUUCCUAUGGUCAAGAAAGUUGUGGGCUCCUUGUUCUCGUUGCAGAUGGUGCGCUAUCACAUGCUUUCUGUCUCUGCUCCUGCUCCCCAGGUGACUUUGGACGACAUAGCUGCUGCUUAUGCCCUGACCGUGGACACGAGCACAGACGACUCACACACUGAUGCUGACUCUGAUGCAUGUGUAUAAAGGAUUUUGUUUGACAGUAACCCAGUUCUCUCUUUGCUAUGCUCUACUCAGGAUGCUUUCAGCCACAAAAACAGCUUGCAACUUUUACCUUAAGGUUUUCCAUUGAAUUGUAUUCUGUGUGACGACUGAUCGUAAACCAGUUGGAAUGCUCAGUCUGAAGUUUUUGAAUACUGUUCUUUUCUCCUAUUUGAUUGUCAUCUGGGAUUUUGUUGUGUUAUAUUGUAUGUGCAUAUUUUGGUGAUUCUGUUGUUGAUUGUGUUUUAUUGGUUGUUUUUCUCUUCCUCGUUUAUCCUUGAGGAUAAAAAGGGGGGAAAUGUAAUGGCAUAUUACAUGCACACAGACGUUUCUUUAGGUCACACAAGGUUCAGUGGAUAGUUGUUUCUUUGGGUCACACGAGGUGUAGCGGGCAAUUAUGAGUUUCCUGUUUUAUCUCAAGGUCCCUGUCCUCCCUAGAAACUCCCUGUUCUCUAUUGAUAUCUGCUCGUUCUCACAACACCUUAUUGGCAUCAUAUCAGACAACUACUCUAUCUGACGAAUAUCCUGUUUCUUUCUAUAUCACGUACACUUAUUGCUGAAGACAUGUUUAUAUACGCCUUGUUUCUCUCUGCUCAGUGUUGUUCACUUUGCAGACUCUUCGACUCUGUAAACUGUGCUCCUCUGGUUGCAACUCAGAUUAAAUCAACUUGCUUGUAUUCA